AUGUUGCAGGACAACCAGACCAUCGAAGUAACUGGUUCUACAGUAAAAGAAUUUUUUGUUGUGGGCUUCCCUGGGCUUCAACCAGAUUAUUACCACCUGGUGGCUUCUCUUUUGUUCAUCCUCUAUAUAGCAAUAGUGGCAGGAAACACACUGCUAGUGGUACUGUUUGCGAUCACGCCCAGUCUCCAGAAGCCCAUGUAUAUCAUCAUGCUCAGCCUAGCCCUCUCUGACAUAGGUUUCAGCACCGUGGCUCUGCCCAAGGUUGUCUCCAGAUACUGGUUCGGCGACGGUUACACGCCCUUCCACGUCUGCCUCAUGCAAAAGCAGUUCAUCCACUACUUUGGCACCUUAAAUUCUCUCAUCAUGAUGACCAUGUCCAUGGAUCGUUUUCUAGCCAUCUGCUUUCCUCUAAGGUACCCCGUGCUUAUGACCAACCGAACCAUGGGUUUGCUCACCGGUUUUGCCUGGACCUCGUCCAUGAUCGCCCCCGGAAUCACCACCAUUCAGACCUCCCAGAUGCCCUUCUGCGGGCCAAACCUGAUCCUCCACUGCUACUGCGACACCUUCACCAUGAACCGGCUCGCCUGCGCCGACGUCAGCGCGCAGAAUUUGGUGUCUUUCUCAGUGGCCAUGUUCGUGUUGCUUUUACCUUUCUCCUUCAUCCUUUUCUCUUACAUAAGCAUCAUAGUGGCCGUGGUGAAGAUGUCUAACGCCCAGGCCCGGCGGAAGACCUUCUCCACGUGCGGGACGCAGGUGUGUAUCAUCAGUAUUUAUUACGUCCCUCGUUUCUUCGUGUACGCGAUGCCGUACACGAUGCCGUACGCGACUCUGAACGCCGACCAGCGAAUUGCCCUCGCUCUGUUCUACAGUCUCCUGCCACCGCUGGUCAAUCCAGUCAUAUACUGCUUCAGAACCAAAGAGAUCAGGCAGAUCUUUCUGCAGUGGAUUCCGCAGAAAAAUCUGACCGGUCACAAAGGCAACAUUGUAUCUAUUACUCAGUGA